GUGAACGUCGACGUAUCACUAAAAAUUUAUAACUGCAAAAUCUUUCGGCUGCAUAUAAAAAGACCGUCGUUCAGUAAACAAUUCACUUUCUUCGAAACAAGUAUCUGAAGACAUCAUAAGUCAUAACAAUGAAUUCUUUCUUGUUUUGCUUCGUUCUCGCUGUUGGCUUAGCGGAUCAGGCAGUAACUGGGGCUUCAAAUCAGCGAAACCAUCAGGCCCAUCCGGCUCCGACAGGUCAGGGAAAUGCAAACGCGAAUUCUGGCGAACUAGUCAAGACAGCCAUCGAUGACUUGACAAAACUUUUUACUGAUUUUGGAGAACAAGUACAAUCCACAUUUAAUCCGCGACAAUUCGAAAUUUUUUUUAAUGAGUACAAUCACAUAUUUAGUGAUCAAACAAAAAACAAGUUUAAUAAAGUAGUCAGUGACAUUGAAACCGCUAGAGCACAGGCUAGCUUAUCGGGUGUUAGCUCUGAUUUCAAAGAACUAAUAGCUGCAGCCGGUGCCGAUAUAUCUUCUGUUGCUCAAAAGUAUGCAAAAGAGAUCCCCAAUCCCUCUGAAGUCUUUGAGCGUAUCAACAAUUUUGUAGAAGAAAUCAAUGAGCCUAAACGUAAUUAAUUCAAUUGAUGGCUACUGUUUGAAAUGUACUCCUAAUUUUUUUAUC